AUGCAACUGAAGUGUUUGCUGUUGCUGGCGGUGGCCUUUGUGCCGCUGAUCACCUCCUCGGCCGCAGCCGAUGCCAAGGCAAAGGCCCCCGCGCCGGCGGCCCCUGCUGGAGCUCCGGUGGCACUUCAAUCAAAGUCCAGUUCCGACGCCGACUCGCUGGACAUUGAGGCCCCAGCUUCAGCUCCCGCCGCCGCUGCCAAGAGCGAUGCUUCUGCUAAUAAGGCCAAGCCUGCUCAACAGCAACAGCAGAAGUCUGCUGAGAAGGCCGCCGCCGGCUCAGCUGCGGAAGCCGCUGCCACCGAGCAGGACGAGGUAAAGCGGAACAACAACUACCAGACGCAGCCGCAGUACGGCCAGCAGCCGGCGUACGUCUCCAACGCCGUCUACGAGAAGCCCUCGUACA